AUGUUGGCAGAAAUAUCUCCUUCUUUUAUAUGGAUGAGUGGUACAAUUACUAUUGGAGCCGUUUUGCUUCAUAAUUACUGGCGGUAUCGGCAAGACUUGCGAGCAAUUGGAAAUACCCCCGGUAUACGGAGUGUUAUUUCCCCGGUAAGGCCUACCAUGGCCAUUUUACCUAGCGGAAAGUUUCCAUUUUCAGAUUGGUUUUUCUCAAUCGGGCCUCAGUAUUGGUCUUACGAGAAGCAUAAUGCAUUUGUAAAAGCUGGACAAGAUAUAAUAUCUUCGGUGGCGCUGGACUAUAUGGAUGUAGGAAUUAUGGUCGCCGACGCUGAAGCUGCACAGCCGAUUGACAUUUACGUGGUGCUGGAUCUCUUUGGACGAAAUGUACUCACCACCGAAUUCGAUGAUUGGAGGACACACCGUAGAAUAGCAUCACCUGCAUUCUCUGAGAACAACAAUCGGCUUGUAUGCCAGGAAGCAGCCUUUACCAUUCAAGAAUUGUUCAAUAUGUGGGGUGACCAAAAAUCGGUGACUUUUAAUAAUGUGACAGAUCUCUUCGUUCAGAGCUUCAAGGAGACUAUGGAGAUCGUAUCAAGUGACCUAUUUGUGAAGCUGGCAGUCCCAGAGGCUCUUAUGGGUGCAACAAAACGCACGGCCCGCGUUCAAUUGGCAUUUGAGGAACUUACGGAGAUGAUAAAGGAAAGAGCCAAGAGCUACAAUGAUCAUAGCGAUCUUUUUAGCAAUCUUAUGGCUGCCAAUGCAAAAGACAACGACGGGCUCCGCUUGACCGACCAAGAAGUGAUCGGAAAUAUAUUCAUAUUUCUAAUUGCUGGACACGAAACGACCGCUCACUCUCUAAGUUUCACAAUGGGUUUACUUGCCAUGUACCCUGAGAUCCAAGACAAGCUUUAUAAUCACAUUGUAGAAAAU